CUUCAAGUGGUGUUUUCCUUACGACAAGUGUGGGGUAACGAGACGAAGGAUCAAGACAAGCUGCGUCGAACCUGUCCUCAGCAGGACCUGCAUGCUUCAACAUAGAGAAGAUAGGAGACAUGACAAGGGAUCACCGCUGGGCCAGAGCAAGGGUCCACGGGGGACUUGAACAUGAAUGCAAACUCUCAAGGAGACACAACAAGAGAGCAAUAAGAUCCCAAUCUCAUACGUGGAGUAUUGCUGGCCAGUGCGCAAUAUUAAGAGUAAUCUCCAAAUCGUGCGAGAAUUCGAAUCUAGGCUUGAUUGCCAGUGGGCUGGCCCCUCGAUCAGCAAAAAGAGGCAGGGCCAUCCCAAGCAACGGGCGCCGUGGCCAUCCAAGGCCGGGGCGAUUUACAAUCGACGUCGGGCAGCUGUCGCGUCAUCCUGGCACUCCAAUACGUAUGCAUUCCAAUAUCGCUCGCUGUCGGCUCGUCUCUCCGUACCGGAAGAUUUGUUCGGGAGUACACGAACGGAAUCGAAGCCAAUAUAACCUGGCAAAAAAGUGGUUCAAACACCGAACCAUUGCGGGCUUGCCCCAAUCGGCCACUUUCAUGACCGAUCACAGCUUCAAGCCUCUUCCUUCGAAGCGGGGAAAUGCGACCCCCAUGAGUCCCACGGAACUGUCGAGGGAGAGGAGGCAUUCGGCCCCGAGACAAACAGACGGCUGCUGUCUUCCGGCUUAGUCAAUUUCUACCGUCAUUAACCCCGAGCGAGGUCGAAAUGAUGGACAAGCAUACGACGGGGUGCCCUGGUCAUUCAACAUACGCUUGUCUAUACGAAGAGGCUGUCACGUCUUCGACACCAACCCCACGGAUGAAGCCUGUUAGCUUUACCUACAUGGAAAGGAUGGGACUUACCAUGCUUCUGAUCAAGCUUGCCGUACUUGUCGUCAACGCUUCGCCGUUACUUAUCGACUACUUCGUGGUUCUGAAGACGAUCCCAUCUGCAAUCCUUCCGAUCUGAACGCCCGCUCAUCAGGAGCCACAGCUUCA